UUUAAUCGAUUUCACAACAAAAUGCAAGUGCGCGAGAAUGAGAAGGCGGAUUUACAUAAUUUAGUAUUGAUAUUUUAUGCUACAUACAGGGGGGGGGGGUAGGGGGAGAGUGGGAAAAAAUUUGAAUAACUAAAGAAAUUGCGCAAAUUAUCGAAAAAAUUGGCCAAUGAAAUCGCAAUCAAAUCGCAUUGGUUAACUUCCGGAGGAGAAAUUCGUGUCGAUAUGAUUCAUCUUCGAGCUUCUCCGGUCGUUCCUUCCUCGGAGAUGUUCAACAAUGUAUGUACUACCUUCGGGUAGACAUAGUCGGUUACCGUGUGUACUCUAUAAAAGAGCGCGCUUUUCAAGUUCCAUCACACACAACAUUUAUUCGGAGUCACAAGUCCACACGAAAUUGUGAUAAAAUUACAUUAAAUUCUGUGACUCAUUCUUGUUCUUUUUUUUGUGUGAAAAAUGGCCGCACUUAUUGGGAAUAUUCCUGAAUUCACUCCCUAUUCCGAUUGGAAGGUUUACCUGGAGAGACUCGAGCAAUUCUUCUUGGUGAACGACAUCCCGGAUGAGAAGAGGAAUGCCAUUCUCAUUUCCGUCAUUGGCAAUGACACCUACAAGACUUUGCGUGAUCUCUGCCAUCCAGCAUUGCCCAAGGAUAAAACAUUCCAAGAGCUGUGUGAGUUGAUGGACAAGCAGUUUGGCCCACAAAUCUCUGUCUUUCGUGAACGCAACAAAUUCUACCAGGCAAAGCAGUAUGACUACGAAGGUGUCUCACAGUGGUUUGCACGCAUCAAGACACUUUCGGUUGAUUGUAAAUUUGGUGAGACUUUGGAAGCAAUUCUGCUGGAUCGUUUUAUCAGUGGUCUCCGCAAUCCUGCCGUUCUUGAUCGUCUCUGUGAGGAGAAUGAGAGUACUCUCACGCUAAAUAAAGCCGUGGAAAUUGCCGUGAAUAAGGAGAGUUCUGGAGCAGAUGGGAAUUCCUAUAAUCGUUACAACAACAACAACAGCAACUGGAAUCGUCCAUGGAACAAUAGACGUGGGAAUCGCGGGAGACGUGGAGGUAAUCGCGGUGGGGGAUUUAAUCCUGGAUUUAACUCAGCAGCAAAUGAACAGACUGGAUCUGAGCAUGGCGACAAUUAAAAUUGAAACGCAAUUCUCAGUAUAACUAUAGAGCCUUAAUAUAAUGUGAUUUUAUCUAUUACAAAAUGUCUUUAUUUUUAUAAUAAUAUAAUAGUAUAGGUACAUUAAGAAGUUAUGUACAGAUUGAUAAAAGAUUUAAAAAAUUGUUGAUUACACCUUUAAUAAAAUUGUAUUAUACAACA